ACCCUGAAAACAGCGUUGAUAAAUUUGUACUCACUUCACCCUUUCCCCCUUCCCUUCUCAUUCAAACACCCAUGACCAAUCGGUUUGCCAAAUUCAACUCAUGUACCUUUGUCACCAGAUAGAUGGCAGUGAGUAUGUGGAGGAAAAGGAAAGGGGGAAUGGGGGAGAGACAUAUACCAUCACCUUUUUGUUCGGAAAUGGGGACAACUCAUAUGGUCUUAUUUGUAUUAAAGAAGACAGCAAUAUUUUGAUUACAUAUUUCUUUUGUGUGUGUGUAUUUGAAUGUCACCUGAACUGAGAACUAAAUGUACCUGAAAGUACCGUACCAAAAUGUACAGGGGUGGUGCAGAGCUACUGUUUGGCAAUAAGAAGAAACACUCCAUCAGGCUACCUAAGGAUACAAAACCUUCAACGCUGAAGCAGCUGCUGGUCUGGCUCAAGGACAACUUGCUGACGGAGCGGCUGGAGCUCUUCCUGCAGGGCGACACAGUGAGGCCAGGUAUCUUGGUGCUAGUGAAUGACGCUGACUGGGAAUUGUUGGGCCAGUUGAACUAUGAGUUAAAAGAAAAUGACAACGUGCUCUUUAUCUCAACACUUCAUGGAGGAUGAAUACCUCUUCGAUCCUACAAUGAUAAAUUGAUUGUCCUGUUACAAAAAUUUUUUUUUCCAUGCAAGUGGUGCUGAACUGAAGGAACUGCAAAUAAGUUAUAUUGUUGGGAAGUUUGGAAUGUGGGUUAAAGUCAGGCUGAAGCAGUUUGUUCAGUUACGUAUUGUGACUGUGGAUUUUUGUUGAUUUUACUGUAAAAUCUUUUAUAAAUUUUUAUUGCCUUUCCGCGCAUGUGAGUCAAAAUAGCAAAUUGUAAAAGCCCUGCGCCAAUAGGAUGGUUGGCU